AUGAAAGUUGAUACCGCGGAACAUGUGACCGCCCUAGAUAAUGCCAUUGGGAAAACCAGAUUGUUCUAUAUAGGAAUGAAGGUUGAUUUGGUCUCCAGAUUCCCCAUAAGUUACGUCAUAAAGAAAAGCUUCCCAGUUGACAAUGCACAGACACUGCCCUCUACAAAGUCAACUCCAAGCAAAGACCUGGAGAACAGUCCAUCGUCAUCAAAGAGCAUCCAGAGUCCAGAGAGCCUAACACAAGUCCACUUGGGCAAUACUAUGCCUCCCCCUUGCCAAUCUGCAACUAUGGACACCGACAAAAACAUAAAUAGGUACUCUUCAGCGAAAAGAAGCAUCCAAUUUACAGAAGAUGGAUCCACCAACAAAGAGGGUACAUCUACCUAUUUACAUGCCAGUCAACAAAUAGAGUAUGCAUUGAUAACAAUAUUUCCUGUUUACAUGCCAGUCAACAACAUGAACAUCGUCAGGAUACACAAGUGCAUCUCCAGGUUAUCAAAAAGCAUAAGCAAGAGGCACCGUCAACAACCAUGCAAGGACCAGGGAAUCUUCAAGACGCACGAAAAGCACCUACGGAUUGCACCACCUUCCAUUGAAAAUUACCUCCAAAACUAUCAUUGCAACUACUUCAUGAUCAGCCUAAGCAUGUCGUCAGAUAUUGACUAA